AGAUUAUGGUAUAUAAACCACUUCCGGCAGAAACACGAGAGAGCAGACUGUUUACUAUGCAAGACCGACUGAUCAUUGCAUGCUCCGGGCCAUUUAUAAGACAUAGAAGAUGAGCUGACAACAUUUUGGAUGAUCUGUUCGUAAUCAGAACAACACCAUCAUGGCGAACACCGCUGCAAUGAACCAUUUCAUUGCUGGGCUUAAGAGCCGAUCAGAAGAUGUGCGAGUGAAGGCAGCUAAUGACCUCCACCAUUUUGUCAGCACAGAGUUGAGGGAAAUGCAGUUAGAGGAACACACUUCAUUUAUGGACGAGUUUAAUCAUCAUAUAUUUGAAAUGGUUUCCAGCUCAGACCUUAAUGAGAGGAAGGGCGGCAUCUUAGCUAUUGUGAGUCUGAUUGCAGUAGAUGUGGGUAAUAUGUCUACAAGAAUUAGUCGCUUUGCCAACUACUUGAGAAACUUGUUACCAUCAAGUGAUGUCAGUGCUAUGGAAAUGGCGGCCAAAGCUGUAGGGAUUCUAGCUCAGUCAUCGGGCACUUCUGCUGCUGAUUAUGUUGACUUUGAGGUGAAGCGUGCACUGGAAUGGCUAACUGGUGACAGACAGGAGAAUAGGAGACAUGCUGCUGUGCUUGUCCUUAAAGAACUGGCUGUGUGUACACCCACAUUUUUCUUCCAACAAGUUCAGCAAUUCUUUGACUCGAUAUUCACAGCCAUCAGGGAUCCAAAGCCAAUCAUACGAGAAGGAGCUGCUGCCGCCCUUAGAGCUGCCCUUGCUGUGACGUCGCAGAGAGAAUCUAAGGCCACACAGAGGUCACAGUGGUACAGGCAAUGUUACGAUGAAGCCGAUAAGCAGUAUGAUGAAUUACAGAGUCGUGAGAAAAAACUAUCCAGAGAUGAUUGGGCGCAUGGAUCCCUUCUUAUCAUCAAUGAGUUACUACGAUGUAGUAAUGUAGAGGGAGAGAGGUUGAGAAUAGAAAUGGAAGAAAUCACCGUUCAACAAUAUCUACAUGAAAAGACUGUAAAGGAAACUUCCAAACACAAAUCACAAGGAAACGUCAUUGCUAUACAACAGCUACAACAGAAGUCGUCACCCCUGACCAACUUUAGCAUGGGAUCUCGCCAAAUUCCACAGAAAAUACCAUUUUUUGAAAGUCAUUCAUGUAAAGACUUAAUGACUGCACAUUUUGAUAAGGUGUGCACAUUAAUUCUGAGGAACAAAGGAAGUCGCUCCACUUACGUUCAGCAGACUUUACUGAUAGUGUUUCCUAGACUAGCUGCCUUCAAUCACAUCACUUUCUCUAAACUGUAUCUUGAAGAAACAAUCAACUUCCUCUUGUUGACCUUGAGGAACUCUAAGGAGAGGACGGCAGCCUUUCAAGCUUUAGGCCUUUUGUCGAUCUCCGUGGAAGAAGAUGUGUCUAAACAUCUCAGUAAGAUCAUGGAGGUCCUCAAGAACUCCCUCCCCUCCAAAGAUCUACCUGCUAAGAAGCACAAGAGUUUUGUGGUGGAUCCGGCAGUAUUUACAUGUAUCAGUAUGCUGGCCCGAGCUGUUGGGCCAAGGAUGACCAAGGAUGUACGAGAUAUGCUGGACUCUAUGCUAGCUACAGGACUGAGUCCUGCUCUCACUGCUGCUCUGAAAGACUUAGCCACUCAAAUCCCUCAACUCAAAAAGGAAAUACAGGAUGGACUGCUGAAAAGUUUAUCCUUGAUUCUGAUUGGACGUCCUCUAAAGCAUCCAGGGGCUCCAAACUCCCCAACAAUGCCAAUACCAGUAUCAGGGUCUGUGGGAAACCUGGCAGAAACACAGGAUGUCACUAGUAUAACUUUGGCACUCAAGACCCUUGGAAGCUUUGAUUUUGAAGGUCAUUCUUUGACCCAGUUUGUGAAGCACUGUGCAGAACAUUACCUUUCCAGUGAGUUUAAAGACAUUCGGAUGGAAGCAGUCCGUACCUGUGCUAGACUGUUGUCUCCCCUACUGGUUCUCCUGGCCUCAAAUCAAGGGCAGAUCAGUAUGGCUGCCAUGAACACAGUGGCCGAAGUCCUUCACAAGCUUCUUGUGGUUGGCAUCACAGACACAGAUUCUGAUAUUCGGUUCUGCGUACUGAUGUCACUGGACGAGAGGUUUGACCCCCACUUGGCCCAGGCCGAGAAUCUGAGUGCACUGUUUGUUGCUCUAAAUGAUGAGGUGUUUGACAUCCGGGAGCUGGCCAUUUGUAUGAUUGGCAGACUGAGCAGUAAAAACCCAGCUUAUGUGAUGCCUUCAUUACGUAAAACUCUCAUACAGAUCUUGACAGAAUUGGAACAUAGCGGUGUUGGUCGUAACAAAGAACAGGCUGCCCGCAUGUUAGGACAUCUUGUUGCUAAUGCAGCACGGCUCAUACGACCAUAUAUGGAGCCUAUAUUGAAGGUAUUGAUCCCAAAGCUGAAGGACUCGGACCAUAACCCUAGUGUAACUAUCAGUGUGCUGGCUGCUAUCGGUGAACUCGCUCAGGUGACUGGGACAGAGAUGAGGAAACGUAUGGAUGAACUCCUCCCUAUCAUCAUUGAUAUGCUACAGGAUUCCUCCUCGCUACAGAAAAGGGAGACUGCACUGUGGACAUUGGGACAGCUUGUUGAGAGUACUGGCUAUGUUAUUGAGUUGUACAAGAAAUAUCCAAGCCUUCUGGAAAUUCUCCUGAACUUCCUUAAAACAGAACAGUCACCAGGGAUUCGCAGAGAGGUGAUCAGAGUGCUGGGAUUGUUGGGUGCUUUGGAUCCCCACAAACACAAACUGAACCUUGGCCUGAUCCAGCAGACAGAGGCCUCAGCUGUACUCAGUAUGUCUGACCCGAAAACCAACCAGGAAAACCAGCAACCAGAAAAUACAAGCGAGAUGUUAGCUAAUAUGAGUGCUACAACAACCUUGGAGGAAUUCUACCCGGCCAUUGCUAUAGGAACUCUGAUGAGGAUAAUCCGUGACUCUACACUGUCCCAGCACCACACCAUGGGCGUACAGGCGAUCACGUUUAUCUUCAAAAGUUUGGGCAUCAAGUGUGUGCCCUACAUACAACAGGUCAUCCCAGCAUACCUCACUGUUAUACGCACAGCAGAGUCAAACUUUAGGGAGUUCCUGUUCCAACAACUAGGAGUAAUAAUCGCCAUUGUGAAACAGCACAUCAGGAAUUACUUGGACGACAUCUUCAGUCUUAUCAAGGACUAUUGGACACCAAACAGCUCCAUGCAGAACACCAUUAUUCUACUGGUGGAACAGAUUGUCACCGCCCUGGGAACUGAGUUCAAGGUCUACCUUCCCCAGAUUGUACCGCAAAUGCUCAAAGUCUUCAUGCACGACACAAGCCAGCAUCGUGUUGUCACUGCCAAGUUGCUGAAUGCCCUACAACUGUUUGGUGCUAACCUGGAUGAUUAUCUCCACCUGAUUCUGCCGCCAGUGGUCAGACUGCUGGAUGGUUCAGAUGUUCCACUUCCUGUCAGAAAAGUGGCUUUAGAAACGCUUGACCGUCUGACUUACACACUUGACCUGACAGAUUAUGCAUCACGGAUCAUCCAUCCCUUGGUUAGGACUUUGGACUCCUGUCCAGAACUACAGCCAACAGCUAUGGACACACUGUGUGCCCUGGUGGUUCAGCUUGGAACAAAGUUUGCCAUUUUUCUUCCUAUGGUCUACAAAGUUAUGACCAAGAAUAAAAUCAUGCACCAGAGAUACACAAUCCUGACCUGCCGGAUAAUGAAGAGCUCUACUAUAGCUGAGGAGGAGGAGGACCCAAUGUUGUCUAGUCAUCGAAGGAAUAAGAUGAAGGUCUCGGAAACGGGGGAGGCAAGCAUUGAGGUUGCCACCAUUAAGAAACUACAUGUCAGCUUUCCUAACCUACAGAAGGCACUUGGUGCUGGACGCCGAGAGUCCAAGGAAGACUGGAUGGAGUGGCUAAGGAGACUGAGCAUUGAACUUCUGAAGGAGUCUCCCUCGCCUGCUCUCAGGUCGUGUUGGGCCUUAGCUCAGACGUAUAACCCACUUGCUAAGGACUUGUUCAACGCAGCGUUUGUUUCGUGCUGGACAGAGCUGACAGAGACCCAGCAGGAUGAGCUGAUUCAGAGUUUAGAACAAGCGUUGACCUCUCAGGAGAUUCCAGAGAUCAUGCAGACCCUGCUUAACCUGGCAGAAUUCAUGGAACACUGUGAUAAGGGUCCCCUGCCCCUGGAUACAUCCUUACUAGGGGGUCGGGCCAUGAGGUGCAGAGCCUAUGCUAAAGCCCUGCACUAUAAAGAGGAGGAAUUCCAUCGGGGUCCAAACACUGAAACCCUGGAAGCCCUCAUCAGUAUCAACAACAAGUUACAACAGCCGGAGUCAGCAGCUGGAGUUUUGGAGUAUGCCAUGAAGCACCACAGGGCUGACCUGAAAAUCCAAGAGGGUUGGUAUGAGAAACUACAUGAGUGGAAUAAGGCCUUAGAUGCUUACAAUCGACGACAAGAAAUGGCCGCUGAUGACAUCAAUCUUACCCUUGGGAAGAUGCGCUGUCUAGAAGCACUUGCAGAAUGGAACCAGCUCCACCAGAUUGCCUGUGAUAAAUGGCCUACAGUGAGUGAUGAAAACCGUGCAAAGAUGGCCAGAAUGGCAGCUGCUGCAUCCUGGGGACUUGGUCAGUGGGACAGUAUGGAGGAGUAUAUUUGCCUUAUCCCGAGGACGAGUUACGAUGGUGCAUUCUACAGAGCUGUGUUCGCCUUACACUCUGAAAACUACCAACUAGCUCAACAGUGUAUUGACAAAGCCCGUGAUAUUUUGGACACAGAGCUGACGGCCAUGGUCGGAGAAAGCUAUAACCGUGCAUACGGGGCUAUGGUCAAUGUACAGAUGUUGUCGGAGCUGGAGGAGGUGAUUCAGUACAAACUAGUGCCGGAGAGAAGGGAGACAAUCAAGGCCAUGUGGUGGGACCGAUUACAGGGAUGUCAGAAGGUGGUGGAAGAUUGGCAACGCAUCAUCCAGGUGCGCUCACUGGUUGUCUCCCCUGUUGAGGACAUGAAGACUUGGCUCAAGUACACCAGCCUGUGUCGCAAGAGUGGACAUCUUGCAUUGUCCCACAAAAUGUUGGUGACAUUGCUGGGAGGUGACCCAAGUAAGAGGGCGGACCAGCCAAUACCUACUGUCAACCCACAAGUCACCUUCGCCUAUAUGAAACACAUGUGGAAAAGUAACUUGAAGAAAGAGGCUUAUGGUAAACUCCAACACUUUGUGCAGCAUUCACUGCUAACACGCUCCAUGCAGCUUAAUGCUCCAGAGGAUGCUCAGCAGAGAGGGGAGCUCAAUAAACUUAUGGCAAGGUGCUAUCUGAAACUGGGUGAGUGGACGGAGGCUAUAAUGAACAUCAAUGAGGUAGCCAUCCCCCAGGUACUGGAGAACUACAGCCUAGCAACUGAGCAUGACAAAGCCUGGUACAAGGCUAGUCAUGCCUGGGCUCUAAUGAACUAUGAGGCUGUCCUGUUCUACAAACAACAAAACCAGAUUGGAGAUGGAACCUCUAGUUCCUCCUCCUCGGCAGCCUCUCUGGGCCCUGGGGACAUUGGCCGGGCUGUCAUUAACCCAGGGGACUUGUCAAGAUCCAGUGAUACCCCAGGCUCUCCCAGGAUUGAAUCAAAUACGGCUAAGAUGCAUAAAUACUGUGUUCCAGCUGUACAUGGAUUCUUCCGAUCCAUUUCUUUGUCACAGCAAAACAGCCUUCAAGACACUUUGAGACUUCUGACUCUUUGGUUUGACUAUGGCCAGUGGGCCGAGGUGUACGAGGCUCUAGUUGAAGGCCUGAAGACCAUACAGAUUGACAACUGGCUACAGGUUAUCCCACAACUUAUCGCCAGGAUUGACACCCCUCGACUAUUGGUGGGUCGCCUCAUCUCUCAGCUGCUCAUAGACGUCGGUAAAACUCACCCUCAGGCACUGAUUUACCCUCUGACUGUGGCAUCCAAGAGUAAUGCCACGGCUCGACAGUCUGCGGCCAACAAGAUCCUGAAGAGUAUGUGUGAACACAGCAACACACUUGUACAACAGGCCAUGUUGGUGAGUGAGGAACUGAUUCGUGUGGCUAUACUGUGGCAUGAACUGUGGCAUGAGGGCUUGGAGGAGGCAUCACGUCUGUACUUUGGGGAGCGGGACGUGAAAGGAAUGUUUGCCACACUGGAGCCUCUACAUGCCAUGAUGGAGAGAGGACCUCAGACACUCAAGGAAACGUCCUUUAACCAGGCUUAUGGAAGAGACCUGAUGGAUGCCCAGGAGUGGUGUAGGAAGCAUCAGAGGUCUGGUAAUGUGAAGGACCUGACUCAGGCCUGGGAUCUCUACUACCAUGUCUUCAGACGCAUCUCCAAACAGCUACCCCAGUUGACAUCCCUGGAAUUACAGUAUGUCUCCCCAAAAUUAUUACGAUGUCAGGAUCUAGAACUGGCUGUGCCAGGGACUUACGACCCCAAUCAACCUGUCAUCAAAAUUAGGAGGGUGCAAAGUUCACUACAGGUCAUCACCUCAAAACAGCGCCCGAGAAAACUCAGCAUAUUUGGAAACAAUGGACAGGAGUACAUGUUCCUGCUGAAGGGACACGAAGAUCUUAGACAGGAUGAACGUGUGAUGCAGCUGUUCGGACUGGUGAACUCACUCCUCCUAAACAAUCCCGAAACAUUGAGAAGAAACCUCACGAUCCAGCGAUUCUCUGUGAUUCCAUUAUCCACCAACUCUGGGCUGAUUGGCUGGGUCCCCCAUACAGACACUUUCCACGCUUUGAUCAGGGAUUACCGUGAGAAGAAAAAGAUCCUUCUGAAUAUCGAACACCGCUUGAUGCUGCGGAUGGCACCGGACUAUGACCACCUGACACUAAUGCAGAAGGUGGAAGUUUUUGAGCAUGCUCUAGAACACACACAAGGAGAUGAUCUUGCAAAAAUACUUUGGUACAAAAGUCCUAGCUCUGAGGUUUGGUUUGAUCGCAGAACCAACUACACGCGAUCCCUGGCUGUGAUGUCUAUGGUAGGCUAUGUGCUAGGAUUGGGAGACAGGCAUCCUUCUAACCUGAUGCUGGAUAGAGUCAGUGGCAAGGUCAUCCACAUCGAUUUUGGGGAUUGUUUUGAGGUUGCCAUGGUGAGAGAGAAAUUUCCAGAGAAGAUCCCAUUCCGACUCACCAGAAUGCUUAUCAGUGCUAUGGAGGUGACGGGUAUUGAUGGUAACUACCGUAUGACCUGUGAGAGUGUUAUGGAGGUACUUCGUGAACACAAGGACAGCCUGAUGGCUGUGCUGGAAGCCUUCGUGUAUGAUCCUCUCCUUAACUGGAGACUUAUGGACACUACCACCAAAACAAAAACAAAGACGAACCGAUCAGAUUCAUUUACGGGAAGCCAGGAGAAGGGAGAUAUUCUGGACAGUGUGGAAAUGGGCGCGGCUAGCCACAAGAAGACUGCCCCUGAGGGACCCGGGUCGGCAGGAGGUGACAACACUCAAGCGGAGGUACUCAACAAAAAGGCAAUAUCGAUUGUACACAGAGUAAGGGACAAACUGACCGGCAAGGACUUCCCGACUAAGGACUCUAUAGAUGUUAAUACUCAAGUGGAACUUCUCAUCAAACAGGCCACCUCACAUGAAAAUCUGUGUCAGUGUUACAUUGGCUGGUGUCCAUUCUGGUGAUGAUAUUGAUAGUCUAACCAUUGUAACGAAAUCUGUAUCAUAUCAUUGCUAGUCAGACUCACCACCGAUACUGAUCAUAUAGAACAUGUCUUUUCAAAAUGUAUGGAAGCACUUGUUCUCAAAAUGAUGAAGAAUGCUACUUGUUGAAAAGAAUAAACAAUGUGGGCCACUUCUGGCAGGUGCCAGUUGUUGAUAAGGUCGCCGUUGUACUGUAGACAAUUUAACUUGGUAGCAUGCAGCAUAUAUGACAUGCUCUUGUACCUACAUGAGUAGUUUUGUAGUAAAACCAAGAGGUUUUGCGAGAACUCAAUCAUUUUCAUUGGAAUUCCAUGUAAAAACUGGAUCAUGCUAUUGUGAUGCAGAAACUUUCCAAAAUGUAAUGUUAUCUUCGCCUAUCUAUAUGCCAUUGGGCUGACAAUUCCAUUGAUGAUUUUACAGAAGGCAAAGGAAUUUUAAGAUAUCAUGAUAUGGUCUCAAAAAUUGCUUGUAGCUUUGAACAUUACAAGGGAUACUAUUUUAUGAUACUGUAUAUUUAUGUGUAUUUCUGGGCAUACCUGCCUUUCCUUUGAUAAGCAUUAUCAGAUACAAUAUACAUUUCCCAGAA